GGCCGAUUUUAGUUGAUGUCGCAAAGAAACUCAGAGUCGCGUGUCCUUUUGCACCAGAAUGGAUCUCCGAGUGUCCGUAGUACCGCUACUUGCGAUACUCCUUCUCGCAAAGUGCGAAAGUCCAAUUACGAAAAACGUGACUGUAGAUUCGGGCACGGUUAAAGAGAACAACGCGACGUCGAAAUCGCUGAAAUUGUGUAUCAUGUGCUUUUGUACAGACAGCUUUAUAGACUGCAGCAACCGAAACUUGGAAACUCAUUUCGACAAGGACCAAUGGCUGAACAUCAAGGCCAAAGUAGUUUCGUUCGAGCAUAAUCAUUUGGUGCACGUGAGGCCUUUCCCGAGGACAGUCGUGGAGAAAUUGAUUCUGCGGAAGAACCGUAUCAUCUCGAUCGAUUACCACGCCUUCAAAGAGCUCGUUAAUCUCACCGAAUUGGACCUGAGUCAUAACCAGCUCACGUCGCGAUUGCUGCAGCCACAUGUCUUUGAGGGACAUUUCUCGCCAGAGGCGUACGAGCCUUUAUCAAACUUGCAAAUUUUGAAUCUGAGCAACAAUAUACUCCAGUGGCUGCAUCAGAGUAUAUUCGAGCACAUCGCCGGCCUUAAAGUUCUGAAUCUGUCCGGGAAUCCUUUCCGCGUAUUCGACUAUCGUACAUCCAUAGCGAUCAGCAGUUUAUCAUACCUGGAGGAUUUGGACAUCAGUUACUGCGAACUCAAAGAACUGUCACACCUUCAGUUCCACAAUGCCAAAUAUUUAAAGAGGCUAAACUUGACCGGCAAUCAGCUCACGGUUCUUCCCAGACCUCUGGAGGAGGCUGGAGCCUUGGAGUAUCUCAGUUUGGAUGCCAAUCCGAUACGCGUUAUCGAUCGCACGAAUCCCUUUCCCAACUUGACGAAGCUGAAGGAGCUCAAUCUUCGCGAGAUGCCGAAUCUGACGUUGAUCGGCAACGGCGGAUUGUCGGCGUUAAUCGGUCUGGAGAGUCUCCACGUGCAGAACUGCAAGAAGUUAAAACACAUCGAGGAAUACGCGAUAGGACGUGAGGCGUCCGCGACCGUCGAGGGCACGAUGUGGCCGCCGUUGAAAAAGCUAAUUCUAUCGUCCAACGCUCUCCAGUAUCUGCCGAUGUUGCUGGUCGGGAGGUGGGACAAGCUCGAGGAAUUGCGCCUGACGCACAACCCCUGGAGCUGCGAUUGCGGUAAUCAAUAUCUGGUUGCGUCUGUCUUGCCACAGUAUGGCGAAAGACUGAUGGGAAAAGAGGUCGACGAGCUCACCUGUUCCGCACCGCCGGAACACGAGGGGAAGAAGCUCACGUCCUUGGCGCAUCGACACCUACGCUGCCCGGAUUUGUACAACGCCAGACCGGAAAGGGAUGCUGCGAUACUCAUGGGGGUGUUGAUCGCUGUGCUCGUCUCGAUUCCGAUCAGUAUGGCGUUCUUUGUCCUCUGGCGACGCGGCUUCUUCUUCUGCGGGUCACAGGGCCCCGCCACUUUCUCUCGUGCUUUCUACAAACGCGCGUCCAACGACGAUGAUUAAUCCGAAUUGUGUAUAUAUUUUUUUUCUCUUUCUUUAACAGGAUUGCAGUCGCACUAUUUGCAUUAUUUGCUAUGCUUUGUUAAGCGAAAAUUGAAAAACAACAAAAAGAAGUUUUACUAAAAUGCCUACAAAGUUAGCCGAGUAAAUAUUUGAAAAUACUUUUUUGUUGGAUUAUUAGAAUAAUUGUAAAUUAGUUGCUAAAAUAUCAAAAAUUGUCGCCAUCGUGUUUUAGAAAAUUAUUUUGAUGAUCCAGCAAAAUUAUGAUUUUCAAAUCUGUAUCUGGCCAAAUUUUUAGAUAUUUCGGCAAAAUCGUUCUCUCCAUGAUAGAAUAAUCGCGUUAAGUUACAGCGGGAUCCGCAUUGCCGGAUGACGCAUCGAAUAUCUAGUCUACUUAAGCUUCUUCAAAUAUGUUUAGCAUAUCUUUUAUAUAUUGUUUCUUUUGUAUAUGUUUUGUUAAGAUAUCGGUAAAGCGUCGCGUAGUGCACCGUGUAAUGACGAGCGCACACCGCUGAAACGCAGUCCGCCGCGUUCCAGAGUUGUACAACAAAAAUAUAUCACAUGGCGUUUCGCAAUAAACAACUUGAAAAUGAA